CCCCGCUCCAUUGUUCUUCUUCUCCAUUUCCUCUUUUUCUCUGCAGAACCCUCGUUUUCUCUCUACUGACCCGUUGUAAUUCUCCAUUCUCUUCCCACGCCGAGCUGGAGUUGACCGGAGCUUCCAUUUUUAGAAAUGGGUUGUUCGCAGUCUAGGAUAGAUAAUGAGGAGUCUGUGGCUCGAUGCAAGGACCGGAAGAUCCUAAUGAAGGAGGCCGUUACAGCCCGGAAUGCCUUUGCGGCGGGUCACUCUGGUUAUGCUAUGUCACUGAAGAACACCGGCGCAGCCUUGAGUGAUUACGGCCACGUUGAGGCUCAAGAGAAUCCCCUCCACGACCAGCAGCCCCAGAUCCCUCCGAUGGAUCCAGCCCUGCAACCUCCACCUCCGCCUCCGAUGGCGAUGGUGGAUAACCUCCCUCCGCCUCCUCCGCUCCCGAAUUUCUUGCCCAGUCCCACCCCCAUUCAGCGCGCUGUUAGCUUGCCUGCGGUGCCCAUCAAGAGCCGGACGCAGUUUGAUUCGUCUCUCGCGAUUAAUGAGGAGGGUGAGGUGGAGGAAGAAGAAGAAGAAGAAGAAGAAGAGGGGCAUGGAAAUGAUAAUGACGGUGUGAGCAAAGAUUCGAAGGAACCCCGGGUUGAGGAGAUGACCCGACCUCGGACUUGGAAGAACAACAAUGUUGUGACUCCUCCAAUGCCGGAGACUAAGCACAUGGCUUGGGACUACUUCUUUCAGGUGGAUGAGCACAUGCCUGGACCAAGUUUGGGUGUGGGCGACCAUAACGAGCACGAGAACACACAUGAUGAUGUUCCAAGGAACAAUGGCGGCGAGGGUUUUGGAGGUCAUGGCGACAGUGAGAUUGAACCCAAGACACCUGAUAGAGCCAUGCAGAAGGCGAUGGCAGAGGCAGAUGAAGAAGUGAGGAGAGAAAAGGGGAAACGGUCAGUACAGAUAGAGCAUUCGAAGACAGCACCAGCAGAUUUCGGGAGGGAUGUGAAGGCAAUGCCUACUGUGAAUUUGAUGCUGGUUUUGAGUGAGAUUGACGAUCAUUUCUUGAAGGCAUCUGAGAGUGCCCAGGAGGUAUCCAAGAUGUUAGAAGCUACAAGGUUGCAUUACCACUCCAAUUUUGCAGACAAUCGAGGACAUAUUGAUCAUUCUGCCAGGGUCAUGCGGGUUAUUACAUGGAACAGGUCGUUUAGAGGUGGUAUGUCCAAUGGUGAAGGUGGGAAGGAUGAUCUUGAUUCAGAAGAAUAUGAGACUCAUGCCACCAUUUUAGAUAAGUUGCUAGCAUGGGAAAAGAAGCUCUAUGAUGAAGUAAAGCAAGGGGAGCUGAUGAAACUCGAGUAUAGAAGGAAAGUUGCUUUGUUAAACAAGCAAAAGAAGCGUGGUGCAAGUGCUGAAUCCUUGGGGAAAACAAAAGCAGCUGUAAGUCAUCUGCAUACAAGAUACAUAGUUGACAUGCAAUCCAUGGAUUCAACUGUGUCAGAAGUAAACCGAUUGCGUGAUGAGCAGUUAUAUCCAAAACUUGUUGGGCUUGUAGAGGGGAUGGCCAAAAUGUGGAGAAGUAUGUACGAGCAUCAUGCUAGUCAGCUGAAGAUUGUUACAGACCAUAAAAGCCUUGAUAUUGCCCAUGCUCCUAAAGAAACUACAAAGCACCACCAUGAGCGCACCAUCCAACUUUACAAGGUUGUCCAAGAAUGGCAUUCCCAAUUUGACAAGCUUGUGACACAUCAAAAACAAUAUAUCCAAGGUCUUAACAGUUGGUUGAAGUUAAAUCUCAUCCCUAUUGAAAGCAGCCUAAAAGAGAAAAUCUCAUCCCCACCAAGAGUGCAGAAUCCUCCAAUUGAGCCACUCCUCCAUGCAUGGCAUGACUAUCUUGGAAGGCUACCUGAUGAAGUUGCAAAGUCUGCAGUUUCUUCAUUUGCUGCUGUGAUAGAAACCAUAAUUCAUCACCAAGAUGAAGAGAUGAAGCUGAAGGAGAAGUGUGAGGAAACCAGGAAGGAGUAUUUACGCAAGAACCAGGCAUUCCAUGACUGGUAUCAAAAGUACAUGCAGAGGAGAACUCCAUCGGAUGAAACAGAUGCUGAAAGAGGCGAAGAAGCAAAUACUAAAGAUCCUGUAUUUGAGAGGCAAUUUGCAGUUGAGAGCUUGAAGAAGAGAUUGGAAGAGGAAAUUGAAGUUUACAAAAAACAUUGUCUCCAAGCAAGAGAUAAGUCUCUGAGAAGUCUCGAACUCCGGCUGCCUGAGCUAUUUCGUGCAAUGUCAGACUACGCUCAUGCAUGCUCUAAUGCUUAUGAAAAAUUGAGGUCCAUCACCAACUCGCAGAAUCGAAAUGCUCCCUUUUCCUGAACAUGGUGCUCCUUUCUUCUUAGUAACUUGAAUUCCAAGAACCUAGUCAAGUACUCUUUGCAUAAAACCAUCAUUUUGUUAUCCUUAAUUUAAUGUUAGAAAUUCUUAAUUCCUAUGAAAGGUUUUGGUGUCAUAUAUAUAUAUGUAUAUAUAUAUGUAUGUGUAAUGUAUCCCUACAUGUAUUAUGCAGUUCUCCUGGUUGAAAUUUUUUUCA